GCGAAGGAAGCAGCCGAGAGGCGGAGGUAACCCGAGAGGGUCGCUACGUGCAGGGCAGAAGCCACCGGCCUGGUGAGCUUCCAGAAGCCGGCUUUCCUGGAUCCGAGCUCGCGGAGCCUUCCAGCCAUCCUGCCGUGUGCUUCCGGGAGCCUCCGAGACCGAGAGCGCCUGCGCGCCGGCCACUCCGCGCGCCUCGCCGCUGUCCUCCCGCCGGCCGGCGGCCUGACGGUUCCUGCGGCGCUUCGUGAGCGGUGUCUCAGCUCCGCGGAGCACCAGCGUGCGGCAUGUCGCGGCGGCGGCACAGCGACGAGAACGAUGGAGGACAACCUCACAAAAGGAGAAAGACCUCUGAUGCAAAUGAAACUGAAGAUCACUUGGAAUCUUUAAUAUGCAAAGUAGGAGAAAAGAGUGCCUGCUCUUUGGAGAGCAACCUCGAAGGCUUGGCUGGUGUUUUGGAAGCUGAUCUUCCUAACUACAAGAGCAAAAUCUUAAGGCUUCUUUGUACAGUUGCACGUCUGUUACCUGAGAAGCUGACCAUUUAUACAACGUUAGUUGGACUACUGAAUGCCAGGAAUUACAACUUUGGUGGAGAAUUUGUAGAAGCCAUGAUUCGCCAACUGAAAGAAUCAUUGAAAUCAAACAAUUAUAAUGAAGCUGUAUAUUUGGUCCGUUUUCUCUCUGAUCUUGUGAAUUGUCAUGUCAUUGCUGCCCCAUCAAUGGUUGCUAUGUUUGAAAAUUUUGUAAGUGUAACUCAGGAAGAAGAUGUGCCUCAGGUGCGGCGGGAUUGGUACGUGUAUGCAUUUCUGUCGUCUUUGCCCUGGGUUGGAAAGGAAUUGUAUGAGAAGAAAGAUGCAGAGAUGGACCGAAUCUUUGCCAACACUGAAAGCUAUCUUAAAAGACGCCAAAAGACUCAUGUACCCAUGUUACAAGUAUGGACGGCGGAGAAACCACAUCCGCAAGAAGAGUAUUUAGAUUGCCUCUGGGCCCAGAUUCAGAAAUUGAAAAAGGAUCGCUGGCAGGAGCGGCACAUCCUAAGACCUUAUCUUGCCUUUGACAGCAUCCUGUGUGAAGCCCUGCAGCACAACCUGCCCCCGUUCACGCCGCCGCCUCACACUGAAGACUCGGCGUACCCGAUGCCGAGGGUCAUCUUCAGAAUGUUUGACUACACGGAUGAUCCCGAGGGUCCUGUGAUGCCAGGGAGCCAUUCAGUGGAAAGAUUUGUAAUAGAAGAGAAUCUUCACUGCAUCAUUAAGUCCCAUUGGAAGGAAAGGAAGACUUGCGCCGCGCAGCUAGUGAGUUAUCCUGGGAAGAACAAGAUCCCCUUGAACUACCACAUAGUUGAGGUGAUCUUUGCAGAGCUGUUUCAGCUUCCAGCACCGCCUCAUAUCGACGUGAUGUACACGACACUUCUCAUUGAGCUGUGCAAACUUCAGCCUGGCUCUCUACCCCAAGUUCUUGCACAGGCAACUGAAAUGUUAUAUAUGCGUUUGGACACAAUGAAUACUACAUGUGUAGACAGGUUUAUUAAUUGGUUUUCCCAUCAUCUAAGUAACUUCCAGUUCCGUUGGAGCUGGGAAGAUUGGUCAGAUUGUCUUACUCAAGAUCCAGAAAGUCCCAAACCAAAGUUCGUAAGAGAAGUUCUAGAAAAAUGUAUGAGGUUGUCUUACCACCAGCGUAUAUUAGACUUUGUCCCUCCUACCUUCUCAGCUCUGUGUCCUGCAAACCCAACCUGCAUUUACAAGUAUGGAGAUGAAAGCAGCAACUCUCUUCCUGGACAUUCGGUUGCCCUCUGUUUAGCUGUUGCCUUUAAAAGUAAAGCAACCAAUGAUGAAAUCUUCAGCAUUCUGAAAGACGUCCCUAAUCCUAAUCAGGAUGAUGAUGAUGAUGAAGGAUUCAGCUUUAACCCACUGAAAAUAGAGGUCUUUGUACAGACCCUGCUACACCUGGCAGCCAAGUCGUUCAGCCACUCCUUCAGCGCUCUUGCAAAGUUUCAUGAAGUCUUCAAAACCCUAGCUGAAAGUGAUGAAGGAAAACUACAUGUUCUAAGAGUCAUGUUUGAGGUCUGGCGGAACCAUCCACAGAUGAUUGCUGUUCUGGUAGAUAAGAUGAUUCGUACGCAGAUUGUCGACUGUGCUGCAGUAGCAAAUUGGAUCUUCUCUUCAGAAUUGUCUCGUGACUUUACUAGACUGUUCGUUUGGGAAAUCUUGCACUCCACAAUUCGUAAGAUGAACAAACACGUUCUCAAGAUCCAGAAAGAGCUAGAAGAGGCUAAGGAAAAACUCGCAAGGCAACACAAGCGGCGAAGUGAUGAUGAUGACAGAAGCAGUGACAGGAAAGAUGGGGCUCUUGAAGAACAAAUAGAAAGACUGCAGGAAAAAGUGGAAUCUGCUCAGAGUGAACAGAAGAAUCUCUUCCUAGUCAUAUUUCAGCGUUUUAUCAUGAUCCUGACCGAGCACUUAGUACGCUGUGAAACUGAUGGGACCAGUGUGUUAACACCGUGGUAUAAGAACUGUAUAGAGCGGCUCCAGCAGAUCUUCCUACAGCAUCACCACACAAUCCAGCAGUACAUGGUGACCCUGGAGAACCUGCUCUUCACUGCCGAGCUGGACCCUCACAUCCUGGCGGUGUUCCGGCAGUUCUGUGCCCUGCAGGCCUAGGGCCAUUUCCCCCUUCCUGUCAAGAUUUCUUUAAAAGAUCUCAAAAUAAUCUGUCUUAUUUUUGAUUGUUUGACUGCUUGCUUUGUUGUAGCAUCCUGUCACUUUCUAAAAGAAAGAGAGAGAGGAGGACAGUGAAGAAAUAUGGUAUUGAUUACCCUUAACUGCCCCUAAAAAGCAGAUAUUCCCUAAUGACAAUAAUGUGAUAAUGACCAUAGGAUGUAUUAUAUAUGUGACAAAUACAGCUUUUCUGAUAUUUUUUUCUCCUUAAGGCACAAAGAUAACUAAUUUGAGGUAUGUGAAACACUAGAGGGUCAAGCUUAUUUACCAAGUAGUAUAUAGAACUGAUGAAUUUAUUAUCAAGUAGCAUAGCUUUUCACAGCUCAUGGGUAACCUAACAUGGCUGAAAUAAAAACUAAAAAUGUUUUUUAAACUUUGGUAUUUCAUGAUUUAUCAUCUCAGUCUACUUUAGUGAUUUCUUUAUAAAAUAACUCCAUCUGAAAUUUUCUCUUCAAAAUACUUUUAAUUACUGUAAUAUUUUUAAGAUACUAUUAAAAACUUACUAGAGUAGCAAACUCCUAAAUCUGAACACAAAUCACCUGGGGCUGUCUAAAAAGUUAUUUUUUAAAUUAAUAUUAAACCACAGCCUUUCAAACACAGACAUAUCUGGUAGUUCUUAAGGCUCCCAGGUAAUUGCAAUAUGCAGACAAGUUUUGGAAUUAUCAUCUUAGAAGAUCUGGUCAUCUCAAAUCUGAGACAGAUCUGUUCAAGCUCAUAUAGUGCAUUUCUAAGUAGCUAGACUGACUAAUGCCUAGGGUUAGAUGUAGGUUUGGAUUUUAUUUCUGUGGAAUCUGGUCCAAGUAACUACUAAUUCCUAAACCUGUUUCCUAUAUGGUGUUGAGGCUUAACUAAGAUAAGAAAAGUACAUCAUAAAAUAACAAGGGGUUAUCUGACAUUCCAAAUUUCUAGCAUUUUUAGUUUUUUUCUCAUUGAACCUUUGGAAAAACUUAGCAAUAAUCCCACAACUGAAGUAGCUUUGUUCGUUUGUACAAUAUAAUGUUUUUUUUAAACUAAUGUUUUUUUUAAACUUAGCACAUCAUAAGUUUACGGUGCAUAAUACAUGGGGUCUCUCUGGUUUGCCAUAUACUUGGUGGCUACAGAACAUAGCCUACUCAGUAGAUGGAGAUUCUUAGGAUUGUAAAACACCACACCAUUUAAGACAAAUAAUCACAAGAUUAAAGUUGCAUGGCAAGUUACUGGCAGGGAACUAAAAGCCAAGUGCUUAGCUAAAUGUUCUUUUGUUUAUACUGUUCCUCCUUCCCACAAACUAUGUAAUUAGUUAGAAAUGGCUCCUGUCCUCAAGAAGCUAAAGGAUAACAUUCAAGGCUUUGGUAACUUUGACCCUGAAGCUGCUUUGUAAUCCUUGCAGAAUGUAUCGCAAAGUCUGGCUACUUAGACUUUACCUGAUCCACCUCCUUUCUCUUAGACCCUCUUCACGUGUAACGGUUGCUUCUAACAACUGCUCACUGAUGUGACCCUGCUCCGAUCCAGUCUGGCAAACUAGGUGUAUGGAAAAACCAAACCAGAGAUUGAAUUCUGAAGAAACACAUUCAACAGUUGCUCUCUCCACAAAUAAAGCUCACAGAAACAAAAGAAUGGCAUGUCACACUGUACAUCAUACCUUACAAUAAAUCAAUAUUCUGUUAAACUGAACUGAUGCCAUUUAACAUGCUUUUUUGUCCAAGUAAACAUAAUUUUUGUUUUCUUUGACUCUGAAUCUCACAGGAAUUACUCAGAAAGCAGUUCAAAUGAAGAUAAAGUUUGCUUGCUUUUCCUGGAAAGUACUCAGCAGUGAUUUCUGUAACUUACUAAUAAUCUACAGUUAUAUCUGAAAAUGAAAGAGGAGGACAGAACUUGGCAAGCUGAGCAGAGCGUAUGUGGCUGUCAGUGAUACCUCGACACCAGGACUGUCUGACACUGAAGGUGAAGAGGGGCUGACUAGAAGCCCACCUCAGCCAGGCAAGCCUAGCUGUACUGGCCUCGGUAAUACACGCUCAUUAACAUGUGUCAUUUGCCAUAGAUUUGCCAUAUUUAAUCAUGACAGUCUUUAGAUUAUUGUGCCUAUACGACAGAUAAAAACAGGCCCACUGAGCAACUCACCCAAGGUCCACAGCUAGUAAAUGGAAUCUGAAACUAUGUCCAUGUGUGGUUCAAGGGUUCCUUCUCUCUCAAUGCAGUAAUGCUGUUGUCAGCAGCCUGAACCCCUAGUUACUUGCUGGAAGCUUUUGGUUUUGUCCAAAGAAGGUCUUGCUGCCCAUUCAGAAUCGAUUUUUACUGAGCUGUAAUAUUCAGCAUAGCACAUGAAAGAAAAUCAACAUUCGAAAAACACAGUCAGCAUUUCUGUACUGAGCACUUAUACAGAGAAUUAGUCAUUACAGUCUCAAGUCUUUGGCUUCGACUCGUUUUGACUUUUGCUCUUCUUCAAGCAGAAUCUCCAAGAGCUGAUCUGAAGAAAAACAUGAAGAUGUAUAAAAACUUCCUAUUAGUAGCAGUAAGAUAAAAAGUCCUGUCAAAGAACAACGUAAAAUGAUCUAUCUUGAAUUUGUAUUUAAAAAAAAAAAAAAGAAUGCAUACACCCUGUUAAUCAAGCACUUGGGAUCAAUUGCUCUUACCAGGUAGGAAAAGUGAACAAAGAUAUGAAUAGCAGGGGAACCCAGGUCAUGUAUUCCAACGUUGAGAACUUUUCCUACUUCAUCAUACAAAACAGCAUUUUCACAAAGAAAAGAAUCGUGUUGGAUGCUCUGAAAAGCACCCAGGACAUGCUAAAGUUCACACUGCAUGUUACCUGAAGAAACCAAAUACUUUGUGUUAAUUAGAAACUAAGUUAAUAACACCUCAGUUUCUAGUUUAAUGAAUAAAAGGCAAAUUUUCUCUA